UUUGGACUUUUCGAACAAUUUAUUCAUGUAAUUUCCCGGAAUUUAGAAGUUGUAAAAUUCUUCGAAGUUUAUUUAUCGAACUUUUCAUGAUAUAUAACAUUGUUCAAAUAAAAAUGACACGGCCAGAAAUGCUGAAAUGUAAGUAUUCGUGCGUAAAUAUUGGCAAUAAACUCCACACUCAAAAGUGCCCGCAGAACAUUUUUGGAUAAUAUAUAUAACAAUAUAACUACGAAUCCAUUGAUCUAUUGAUGUAAAUAUUCGUUACGCAUGCAUAUGCUCCGUAUUUUAGUCUGUUUUUUCUAUAUCGUUCGUACUGUCUUUUUAUCGGAUUUGAUUACGCUAGUGAUUAGCAGUAAUAUAGCGUUACGUCUAACUUAUGCGUUGUAUUUAUUAAUUAUUCAUCUAAAAUUCCGAAAACCCCUAACAAUGGACAUUUAAUGGACAUGGGGAUGCGUUUAGUGGACAUGAGGACGCGUCAAUGAGAAGCCGACUUUCCCUACCACUGCAACUGAGAACAUCCCUUGACCUUUUCUGGAAGGGAGAUACUUAUAAACGCAGACGUGCUACAUUCGGAAUUCAGAAGGAUUUGGCAUUUCUCGAAGUACGCAUGUAGAGAAGCAUCAAGUGUUAGUUACUUCCUGAAGUGACAGAACGGUGACCGUUUGAUUAGUAAAACAAGUGGAUGUUUAGUGGAUAAUUCAGUUAAACAACAAUGGUCCGGGGAGAGGGCUCGGAAAAUUCUCCAUUCGAGGUUGGUUCAGGUUCAAAGACCUACCCAAAUUCACCGAUGGCAUUAGAUCUAUCAUGCAAACCAUCAACGUCUGUGGUUGUAAAUGUACCGGCAUUUACUCCCGCACCUUUGAUCUCGUCUAAUGAGAUGAACAUGCAACAAUUGAUACAACAACCAAGUAUCAACAAUAGUCCGCUCACGUUGAUGAGUUAUCUCAUGAAAACCAAUAUGGGGGGAUUUUCUGUGAAACAUAAAUUGCCGCAGGAGGAAAAUGAGCGGACCAAUAAUGAUAGCCAAAUCAACUACAGCGAGAUUAAUAAUGUUCUGAUCAACAGCGAGAUCAAAAACGAUCAGACCAGUUCUAAUCAGAUCAACAAUCGGAUCAAUACUGACCGAAUGCAACAUAGACAGCUCAACAUCAGUUGGAUGAAUCAUAUCAAUAGCAGUCACGUCAAUCAGGCCAAUGCUGAAGUGAUCAACAGCAAUCAAUUCAACAGCAGCGCUAGCAACAGCCCUUUGCCAACCGGACAGUCAAUAUCGCAUAAUCACUCGAUAUCGAUGGCAUCAAAUACGAUAAGUCCGUUUCCGCCGGUGAACGGUAUGGAAACAUCAAAUUUUUCAUCGUCAUCGUCACCUCAGGCGUCAUCGUCAUCUCAGGCGUCAUCGACGAUGCCGUUCUCGGACGUGCAAAAGUCGGCAGAAAUAUUAAAAGCGAUUAGAACCUCAGCGAGACCAUUCAAGGCCUACCCGAGAGAUCCUCUGGUCUUGAGCGUAGGCAGCCAAGCCACAUCUAAUGUGUACAACAAGUUCCGGAAAGAGAUACUUGAACAAGUCAGGCACACAGAAAAUGAAAGUACAAAUAGUAAAAUGCGCAGGACUCCCAACAGAAGCGGAUCACCCACUAGUAGCACUACCGAUAAAGAUCAGGCCUAUUUGGAGAGAAGGAAAAAGAACAACGCAGCAGCGAAACGUUCUAGGGACAAUCGACGGGUGAAAGAGGACGAACUUGCCGUUAGAACAGCUUUUCUUGAAGAACAAAAUAUGAAGCUCUGGUGUGGGAUGUAUAAAAUUUUAAAAAUAGCAAAGCAACAAAAUAUGCAAUUUGAUCGUAGAGAGUUCGAGGGAAACGAGUGUCUGUUAAGUGUACUGAUAACUCUCGACACGGAAGACGAAAACCCCACUUAACUAAAAUAUUGUUAAUUUUGUUUAA